AAUAGUUCAGUAUUUAUAAGACAUUGAACGAGAACAGAACGAAGUUCGGUGCGAUUGACAGUGCUAAAGCCAAAACUAAGCGAAGGAAGCAACGAGAGAAUCAUAAUAAAAAGACGUAGAGGUUAUUAUUGUUAUUUUGUUUUAAUACGAUUUUUUUUAACCUGAGAAACGAACAUCGACGAAGAAAGAGAGAUUUUUUACAUUCGACAAACAACGAACAUUGAGCAAUAGACAAUUUUUUGUUGUUGUUUUGAAUUGUUUCGUGGGAAUUUUCCAUUCCGAAGAGAACAACAAUUUUUGAUUUGUUUCGUGCACAUCUGUGGAAAAUGAGGUGCAUCUUAACAUUCUUGGCCAUUGCGUUAUUUGCCUGUACGGCAUUUGGCUUGGAGUUCGAAGAUGAACGUCGUGACUUGAAUUAUGGUUGGCGCGAACCAGAUGAAUCGAUCUAUGGUUUCAUGGGACCAAAACGAUUGUUUCCAAAAUCGGCAACACGACGAGAAGGAGUCGAAAGCAGCGAAGAAGACGAUGAUUCUAAAGAUAGUUCCGAAUCACCAUUAGGUUUGGAUGUUGUGUCAGGAACGAUUGGUGAAUCGAAGCCAAGCAUCAGCGGCGGUGACAGUAUCUCAUUCAAUCGACCAAUUGAUCCAUUUUUUAGUCCAUUCUUCAAUGUAUUCAAUCUUGGUUUCCCCGGUUUUGACGUUCCUCAAUCGAUUCCAUGGUGGAGAGGACCCAAUGUGUGCACUGAACGUAAGGAAGAAAUAAGUGACUGGAACACACCAGCUGCGUCCACCGAAAAAACGGACGAAAGCACCGAAACUCGCGAAUCAUCAUCGACAUCGAUAACUGGCGGAUUCCAUUUUAGUUUUAACACUUGUGUCGAAAAGGCCAACAAACGUACCUGCAAAACGGUUGUCGAUGAAGAUGGACGCAAAAAGACAAAGUCGGUGACUCAACAAUGUUGCCGUGGCUAUGGACGCAAAAAGAAUUCAAAAUCGGCUAACAUCUAUAUGCCAUGUGAAGAGCUUCAUUUGCGUUCAUUGAUUGAAACAUCAGAACGGUUGAAUGGACGUGAAUUCAUUCGCAGCGCACAAAAGAACGAUAUCGAUGAUGAACUUCGCAAAAAUGUUACACUUUUCUUACCAAAUGAUGCCACAUUCACUGAAUUCGCUGAACAGCUCUUAGAAUCGAAUCUUGUUGUUCUGCCUGGAUCACGUGCACGUCGCCAAGCCUCACCAUCUGGCCUAACUACAAAAUCAAUCAUCAUGAAUCAUAUUGUGCCCGAAAUUGUUAACAUCGAAGACGUUGAAAACGAACAAUUAUUGGUGACUGCGUAUGACAACGCCACCAUUCGUAUGAAUAUUUUCCCACGUCCACCAGGCCAUCGUGAAGAAGACGAAAGCCCAUACCGAUACACAGCAAACUGUGCACCAAUUUCGAAAGCUGACCAGGAAGCGGAAAAUGGAAUUGUUCAUGUUGUUGAUCGUGUAUUGUUGCCAGUCACAAAGUCUUUGAUGGAAUUGGUUCGUGAACGCAGUGAUAUGGCUGUUUUGCAAACAGUUUUGGACCGAACCGAUUUGGCAAAACAAUUGGAGAACAAGGACAAACAAUUCACCUUGUUUGCGCCCACCGAUAAAGCAUUCGAAAAAUUAGAUCCACAUGUACGACGAACAAUUAAAGAUGGCAAGGGAUGCGCAUUGAAUAUUCUUAAGAAUCAUAUUUUGGAUAUGACAUUCUGUUCGGUUGCUGUUGUCGAAGGUGCCAAAACGAGUGCCAUUAAUACAAUGGGCGAGCGCAUGGAUUUGGAACGUAUUGUAACACCAAAAGCAUCAUCAGAAUCACCAUCAGAGGCUGAAGAUUUGGCCGAAAGCAAAAAUAUUGUUAUCAAUGGCAAAUCACAAAUUACCGAAACUGAUAUUAUGGCUACAAAUGGUGUUAUGCACAUCGUUGACUCGAUUUUGGAAACCGAUUCAUCAAUGCCAUUAACUUCAAUGCUUGAAUCACGUAAUUUAACUUAUUUCAAGACUUUGAUUCAAUUGAAUGGAAUUGACGAUCUCAUCGACUCAUAUGAAAAUGUUUCGGUAUUCGCACCAACUGAUGCUGCUUUGGAAUCGAACGAAUGGGUGAAGAAAAUCGAUUCGGAUCCAGACUCAUUGAAAGGCAACGAAGAAUUAACCAAAUUCCUUAAAUAUCACAUCGCAAAACCAUUGAUCAAAACAUGCGAUUUGUCUGAACGUUCAUUGGACACCGAAAGUGGCGAUAAAGUUCGUGUUAAUUUGUACUCAACGCAUAGCUUAUUCAGUAAUGUUUUCAAUCGUGCUACGAUUAACUGUGCUCGUUUGGUACAUUUUGAUGAUGAUAGCUGUGGAUCGGUUUUGCAUCAAGUUGAUAAACCAUUGACUCCACCAACCAGCAAUUUGAUGGAAGCACUCAAAGCAAAUGAACAAUAUAGCAUGUUUGUCGAAUUUAUUGAGUCAGCAAAUCUUACCUCGUUGUUGGAGAAUGAAAAUGGUACAUUGACCGUAUUGGUGCCAAAGAACGACGUUUUCACUGAAGUCAAGGAAUAUUUCGACGAACUUAGAAAUGAUGGCAACACAAAGAAAUUGGAAAACCUCGUCAAAUCGCACAUCAUCGAAGAUGUACUUUGCUGUGCUGGUAUUGUUUCAUCGGAAUGGCCAUUCGUUCGACUUGUGAAGACCAUCAAUGAUGUUGAUUUGCGAUUGAACCGCGAUCGAAGACCAAAGAUCCAAAAUGCCGGCGUUACAAAAUGCGAUAUCCUCGCAAAGAAUGGCAUCAUUCAUGAAAUUAACGAUGUGAUCAAUCCAAAGCAACUUCAACGCGCUCCCGCUAGACGCACCGAAAGUGACAGUCACAGCCAUGAAUCUCCAUACUUACCUCUUGUUCCAAAGACACCAUUUCACGAUUUCUUUACUUUCCGCUGAUUAAGCAAAAGCCUAUGUUGUGCACACAUACAGCCAAUUUAACUGACAAUAAACAAACUACUCAAAUAUUUAAAUGAAAAAUCAAUUACAAUUAAGACAAUUUGAUACAUCAUAAGAAAUGACAGAACGAAAUUGAUAUAAACGUCUCAAAUAAAGUAAUAUAAUUUAAA